AUGGACGAUAUUGAUGAAGAAAUGCUAGUGAGGAUGGCUUCUAAUGCGGAUUGCAUUGGCAUGAUUGAUGGAACCCAUAUCCAUGCCAUGCUUCCCGCUAACCUUGUUGAACGUUUUAGGGGACGUAAAGGUGUAACUCAAAAUGUUCUAGCUGCAUGCACUCCCAACAAGUUAUUUUCGUAUGUUCUAGCUGGAUGGGAGGGAUCCGCAAAUGAUUAUAGAGUUUUGCAAGAUGCACUAUCUAGACCACAACCUCGCGGAUUGAGAGUUUACAAUGGAAAAUAUUAUUUGUGUGAUGCGGGCUACACUACUAUGCCUGGCUUUAUCUCCCCAUAUCGAGGAGUGCGUUAUCAUUUAAACGAACACAAGGGUAGGUCAAUCAAUAAUAGACAAGAGUUGUUCAAUUUAAGACACCCAUCUCUAAGGUCUAAAAUUGAAUCAACCUUUGGGGUAUUGAAAAAUCGUUUUAAAAUCCUAUCUGCGAAGCCACAUUACCCCUUUUCAACUCAAGUUGAUAUAGUUAUUGCAUGUACUAUACUGCAUAACUACAUCGACAUAGAAGAUCCGAGAGAUGAGUUGUUGCAUGAGGAAAAUUUCAUUGAAGAUGAUGUUGGCGAAAUAGCUAAUGAGGAUGAAGAGUUGUUGCAUGAGGAAAAUUUCAUUGAAGAUGAUGUUGGCGAAAUAGCUAAUGAGGAUGAAGAUGGUGUUGUUGACUUUAGUCAAACUAUGACAUGA